AUGUCUUGUUUGGACUGUUCCUGUAUUCUGCAUACACCAGUUGAAUCAAUCAGAUCACAAGAGCUAUCUGAGAGCAGCGUGCAUGAAUGCCUGGCUGAUUCUGAUCUAGCCUGGACUUCCCCAUCUACAGGAAGAAAUGAAAUGGUAUUUUGCUCUUCUAAUGUCUCUCACUAUCAACUCCAGCUGGAAAUAGGAAGGAGGUUCAACAACUUAACUUCAGUGUACCUUGCACGGCAUACUCCUACAGGCACACAAGUAGCUGUAAGGAUCACAGACCUAGAAAAUUGCUCUGAAGAGCAUUUGAAAGCCUUACAGAAUGAGGUGGUUUUAUCCCACUUUUUCCAGCAUCCCAACGUAAUGACGCUUUGGACAGUGUUUACAGCUGGUAGUUGGCUUUGGGUCAUCUCCCCGUUCAUGGCCUAUGGUUCGGCUAGACACCUGCUGAAGACUUACUUUCCUGAAGGAAUGAGUGAAGCUUUGAUAGGGAACAUUCUGUUUGGUGCAAUCAGAGGAUUAAAUUACAUGCACCAGAAUGGCUACAUUCACAGGAAUAUUAAAGCUAGCCACAUUCUGAUUUCAGGGGAUGGGCUGGUUUCUCUGUCUGGCUUAAACCACCUCUACAGUUUAGUUAAGAAUGGACAAAAGUCAAAGGUGGUAUAUGAUUUCCCAGAGUUUAGUACCUCUGUGCUUCCUUGGCUGAGUCCUGAACUACUGAGACAGGAUUUGUCUGGGUAUAACAUGAAGUCUGACAUUUACAGUGUGGGAAUUACAGCGUGUGAAUUAGCCAGUGGACAUGUUCCAUUUCAAGAUAUGCGUCCCACUCAGAUGCUGCUGCAAAAGCUGAAAGGUCGCACAUAUUGUCCUUGGUAUAUAAAUACCUUUCCCCGUGGGGAAUCCAGGAUGAAGAAUUCGCAGUCAGGUGUUGAUUCUGGAAUUGGUGAGAGCAUGACACAAACAAUGACCAGUGAAAGACUGCAAAUUCCCUUUUCCAAAACGUUUUCACCUGCUUUCCACAACUUGGUAGAACUUUGCUUGCAACAGGACCCUGAGAAAAGGCCAUCAGCAAGCAGUUUGCUUUCGCAUACGUUCUUCAAACAGAUAAAAGAACAAACACAGAAUUCACUACUGUCUCUAUUACCACCUCCUAUUCAAAAUAACAGAUCAGAGUUCUUGGCAGUGCCCGCAUCAGCAGCUGGGACUGAACUUGGACAUAUUACUGCAAACCAAGAUGAUACCGACUGGGAAUUCUAAAUAAAUACCAAACAAUCAUACCUCUCCUGUACUUCAAAGAAGGAAAAUGUGAUUUGUAUUUGCUGCUUUAGUUUGUAUGGUUACAAUACAAUUAGACAAGGUAUACUUGAAAAUGCAAUUGAAGUGGUUGUAUUUUAUUAACUGCUUCCUCUGUUGGCAUCACGAAGUGCACCGUGCCUCACUUUCUGACCAUAAGGAAAACUAUAUAUAGAUAAUGGCUGAAU